UUCUCCAUACAUCACUACAGUAAAAUGUCUGCACAAGGUGUUAUAGUUAUGUACGUGUGUGUUGCCCUGUUUGUAAAUGGAACAUCUCAAAAUACCAAGCCAAUAGAUGGUUCUAAUGAAUCUGGUACUUUUCGUGGUGCUGAUCAAUAUGACUUUUCCAUCGUUCUCUCAGGAGGUGGGCAGGAAUGUUUCUGGCAUUAUGCAGACAAGGCAGGCUAUUUUUAUUUCAGUUAUGAGGUUCAGUGGAUGAUGGGGUUACAGAAUAACCGAGCUAUAACUGCCACAGUUAAUACACCCACUGGGCGCCUGAUUGAUACAUCCAGAGGAGCAAGUGGCCAAAUUAAUUUCAAAACAAAUGAAUCAGGUUUUUAUCAAAUUUGUUUGAACAACUUUUUGUCACACUUUGGAUCAAAGCAGAUCUUUAUCAGUUUUGGAGUUUACUAUGAUGGUUUUGGUGAGAAAACAGAAGCAGAAAACAAAGAAAAAGUUCAACUGAAUGACACACUUGCUGCUAUUCAGGAUACAACCAUCAAAGUACAAAGCCACGUCUUCCAUAUGUGGAGAUUUUAUAACUUUGCCAGGAUGCGCAAAGGAGCUGAUUACUUUAUUGUACUAGCAAGCAAUAACUAUGUGAAUUGGUGGUCAUUUGCCCAGAGUGUAGUCAUUGUUUCAUCUGGUAUUUUACAGCUUUACUUUCUGAAGCGUCUAUUUGCUGUCAGAGUCACCAAUGCGAGUGAAAACCUCAGAUGUUAGACAUAGUUACAGUGAAAAAAUUAACUGUUAAUAUGGGUGGAUUACUAAAAAAUUACAAAUUUUAAUCAAGCUUUAUCAUUUCAUCUAAGUUUCAGUUUUCAUGGGCCAGUGACUGACCAUUCAAUCCUAGUUUACUGAGUUUCCUUGAUGCCUCAACUGCCCUUGUUUGAUUCUCACAAGACAAUAAGGUUAAUCUAUCCACACAUUGAUAAAUAUGCCUGUCGGAAACUUGUGGAUGCUCUUUUACGGCUUUAUUAGAAUGUGGAUGUACAAAACUGCUGACGUCUGAUUAUUGCUAAUAUUCAAAUUUUGAAGGAGUUUUUUUUCCCAGGGAUGAUACAAACAAAAUGCAUGGGAAAGUGAUCACAACCAACACAUUUAUUUCUUUUUAUUCCUUUCACGCUGUGUUUAACCCAGUCUCCAUUUCAUGUUUUCCAUUUCCUAGAUUCAAAUUUUGUUUAUCUUGAAAUCAUUGUGACACUAAAUUGUUCAAAAUAUGAGACUGUACAUUUACUAAAUUAAAAUAACUCCUAUCAGCUA